UUGGAAAGUAACGGAGUGCAAAAGCGCGUCAGAUGCUGAAAUCAGAGUGAAAACAUGGAUGUUUCAUUCGUGUUUUUAUGCAAAAUUAUAUGCAAUCCAUUUAUUGAUCAGCUCGCCACGUGAACACAAGAUGGUCGGAACUCCACACAGCCGCCGUGUGACUCUCCAUUUGAAACGAAAGACCUCCGGUCUGCCAUCUGUCAUUUGAUGGUUGCAGCGAAAAGGGCGGCUUCAGUACAGUAAGACAAAAGAAAAUGAUCUGCAAAAAUAUACCCUAGUUUUCUGAGCUUCACUGUUAGAUCAUCUUUCAGUGAUCAUCUCUCAUCAUGGAGGGCCAAUAUGUCUCAAUUCAUGGCCUCAACAUCACCCACAGCCCUCUUGCGGCACCAGCCAUGUCUAUCGACAAACUUUUCCCAGCUCUGCUGGAGUGCUUCGGCAUUAUCCUGUGCGGCUAUGUGGCGGGUCGUAAUGACAUCAUCAGCGCAACACAAAUCAAAGGGCUGGGCAGCUUCUUGUCAUGUUUUGCACUUCCUGCUCUGCUCUUCAAAAAUAUGGUGCAGCUGCAGUUCGAGCAUGUCGUCUGGUCUUUCCUCUGGAGUGUCUUGAUCGCAAAAGUGUGUGUGUUCUUGUUGGUGUGUGUGAUGACACUGUUGGUGGCAAGUCCUGAGAGCAAAUUCAGUAAAGCAGGGCUGUUUGCUAUCUUUACAACUCAGAGCAAUGACUUUGCACUGGGAUAUCCUAUAGUUGAUGCACUGUACAGGAAUUCACACCCAGAGUAUAUGCAGUAUAUAUAUCUGGUGGCUCCUGUAUCUCUGAUGCUGUUGAACCCUGUGGGCUUUGCUCUAUGUGAGAUCCAGCGAUGGAGACACAACACCGACCAUAGCUACAGGAAGCUACAUGUGAUCUGUACUGUUAUACUGCAGGUUCUGAAGAACCCAAUUGUCUUCAUGGUCAUUGUAGGAAUUCUCUGCCAUUUCCUGUUUGGUGGGCGUGUCCCCGUGUUGCUUGAUGAGUUUGUAGAUGGCCUGGCAAACUCUUUUGGAGGGGUGGCGCUCUUUUAUCUGGGACUGAACAUGGUGGGACAGAUGCAUAAACUCACUCACGCCACUGGAGUUUCCCUCAUUCUACUUAUCACUGCCAAACUGCUAAUUAUGCCAUUAAUGUGUAAGGACAUGGUGGAGCUGUUGGAUGCUGGUAAUUCCAGCUCUGUGAAUCACUCCAGCAUGUCUGACUAUGCGUUCCUGUAUGGAGUCUUCCCCACCGCUCCCAGCGUGGUCAUCUAUGCUGCCCAGUACAAUAUGGAGCUGGAUGUGGUGACCACAGGUAUGGUCAUCAGCACGUUCCUGUCUGCGCCCAUCAUGUAUGUGUCGGCAUGGUUACUGACUAUUCCAUGGAUGGAGGCCACGUCCCUGGUGAAAGAGCUACAGGAUGUGAGCUUCAAUGUCAGCAGUGUCAGCCUAAUAGCUCUGGUUUGGACCCUUGCUGUCAUGCUGCUAAGCAAGAAGUGUAGAAGGCUGCCACAUUUGUUUGCCACAAAUCUGUUUUUUGCACAGCUCCUAGUGUGUAUGUCGAUGAUCUUGUGGAAGUUUGUGACACAUCAAGGAAAUGUGUGGUGUCAAAUUCUUACCUUCACAUUGCUCUACGGGUCUCUUUACAGUACCUACAUGUGGACAGGUCUUUUGGCAUUUGCACUCACUUUGUUGAAGAGAAAUGAAAACCUUAAGGUGAAGCCCUUUAUUUUCAUCAUCUUUGGCUGGGGAGUUCCUUUUCUGGUUGUGGGUGUGUUGCUAAUGCUAGGACAAAGAAUGAGUAACAACGUAGACUCCACCUUCUUUUACGGCAAGGGGCAGAUUGUGUGCACUGUGGUGGUCCUGGGCUCCAGCAUUAUUCUUGGUGGACUGUCUUUGAUGGGUUUGAGCCGAGGGGCCCAAAAGGAGCAGAACUAUCAGGCCCUAGAUCACAACUUCAUGAUAGGCACAACAGAAGGUGUCAGACACCCCCAACCAGAGAACCAACACCCAUCUGAGCAAGCACCAACCAACAGUAGCCUCAACAUAGGAAUAGAUAAUUUUGGUUGUAUUGAACCCAUGCCAGAUAUGAUAGCUGGACAUCUUAAUGACUCACCAGUUCCUUCAGCAGGGGUUUUGCUGAGUGAGGCGUCGAGCUCCACACGUGUGCAGGAGGAGAGACAGAUAGCUCGACAUGUGCUUCUCUGCCUGCUUCUCAUCAUCAGCAUGCUGGCCAACCUGUCCAGCUGCCUGUGGUGGUUGUUCAAUGCAGAUCCUGGGCGGCUUUACCUAGAGCUGCAGUUUUUUUGUGCUGUGGCCAAUUAUGGACAGGGUUUUAUUUCCUUUGGGAUUUUUGGGCUGGAUGAACAUCUUAUUAUUCUUCCAUUCAAAAAGAGGCUAGCUGCUCUGUGUGGUAUUACUGAAGAUGAAACCCCGGAGUCUACUGCUGUGCCAGAGGAGAUUCGACUCACCUGUACACAGAUGGUGCGAUACCACAAAGAUCAGUGCGUUCAGGAUAUAGUUCGCAAUAGAGGUGGGUCUUCUGAAUCCCUCACAGGACCAGUGGGUGAAUCCUUUCUUUGAUUGACAGGUGUGCUCACUGGUGCCUGACCAGGUAGAUCAUUGGAUCCUGUGCAUGGGUGCGGCCAUGGAUAGAAAGGUGUGGCCUGCUUUCACAGCACACAGCUGCAGAAGUGUGGUGUCUUAAAGCAUGUGACACAUCUGUAUGGUUUCCAAUGCCCUGCAAUAUUGCUCCAGAAAGCGGUGAUGUCACACACUGAUCAUCACAACCUAAAACAAGGACUAAACUGACUGAAUUAAGACUGGACUGAGCUAUGAAUUGAGCUGUUCUUUCAUCAGUAUGUUUUGCACUACUUAAAUUGAUAUGCAUGGCAAAGGGCACAAGAUUAUCCCUUUAUCUCGUACACAUACGCGCACAUUCAACAGCCCUUAAGCUGUUCUGCACAGUAAAAUACACAUCUGCACUGAUUGUUGCAGUUACAUUAAUAAUCUGAUAAUGAAGGUAUCACCAGUCUUUACAAGUGCUGUAAAAACAUACUUCUGACUCUAUGAUUAAUUGUAUGCUUUGUGUUACUUUUGAGUCAUGAUGAUAAGACUACAGUAUAUGGCCUUGUUGCAAAGCAAAACAAGCCAUGUUUACAAACCUCUGCUGUGAUAGAGGAAUUAUACUGCACAGUUACGUCUUAAGAGUGAGGUAAGGACAAAUUCAGGACAUCUUGUUUAAUGCUAGCCCUCAAGCCCUAAAUUCCCAUUAUCAUCAGUUACAGUUACCUUAUACAGUUACAGGGGAAGUUGUCACAAGAGCUGCAUCUCAUUAACUAAAAGGAUUUAAGUCUAAAGUCCAUUACUCAAAUGUGUGUUUCCUCUAGCAGUGAUUUUGUAGACUGGUUCCAAACAACUAGUUUUAAUGUGGCAGAUUUAGCCAAAUUGGCUCAUUUUCAUCUGUAGUCCUUAGGCAGGUUGAUGUUAUAAUAACCAAAUAAAAAACAGACAAACAAAAUUGUCAUUACACAAAUACAAAACUGUCAUAUCAGAAUCUCUAUAAAUGCUCACAAUUUUGGGACUGGCAGCCUUACCCCACCUUAAGGUUUGUUUGUAGGGUAUGAGGGUCAAUCUUUAAAUUUACACAACAUAUUUGAUUGAGUCGUCAGUUUUUAUGCAAAUGAAACAUAAAUAGCCUUCUUUUUUCCCAUGUCUAGUUGGCUAUCAGUUAGCAUGAUUGACAUUUGUCAGUGUUGUAGCUAGCUAAUCAAAUUUCAUCAUGGCUGACAGAGUGGGGUCUAUUUUAAUAACAACUAACUGAUUAAUUAACAACUGAUCCCCUUAAUGUGUUAAAAAUAUCUGCAAUUACAAAAAUGAAUGAAAUCGUUAUAGUGAGUGUAAAUAUAUACAGAUAUAUAUCUGACCUUUGGGUUAAGCUUUCCUAUUAAUAUUGUUUUAUUUCACCUUCUAUUUGCCAUUCUUUAUUGUGUCUUGAGAGCCACUCCUGUCCCUAUGAGCUGGUGAUGGUGUUCUAAACAAUGAGCACACAAUUGAAUUGUUAAAUUGAAAAACUAAUUUCACCAUUUUACAGUAUGUUGUUUUCAUACUGUAUGUUUGCCAAUACAAUUCACUUAUGUUAUCAGAUGUUCUUUAGUCUCUUGUUAAUGUUUUUGCCAAUAAAUAACAAUACGUGGUGUGUUUUUGUGAACAAAAAUGAUUCUCAAGAUAUGUCUGGGUCAGAUACCCUAUGCCUGUAUGUAAACUGUGAUGUGUGAAAUGAUGAAAUUCAUACAGCAUAUAAAAUGCUGUUUGAAUGAGAAAAGUGGUCCUUUUGGUAAAGAACAAACAAACAGAGUGGCUAUUUGCAUUUUGUGUAAAUACUGUAGCACCUGCCACACA